UGUUGUUGUUCAAUGUGACAUUUUAGAAACUUCGUUUUUGUAAUUAAAUUGUGACUGAUAUCGUACGUAACAUGUUUUUUCAUUUGCAGAUAACAGCGGAACCACGGUUAUUAUCUCUCAAAUUACUGCUUACAUACAGUUCAUGUUUACUGCUCCUCAAGGUUACCCGCAGCCAGUCGUUGCGGUGCCCUAGAAAACGACGGUAUCAAUUUCAUCAGCAUGUAUCGUAGCAUGAAUCUGCCUUAGUGGUCUGAAAUUGACCUUAUUUUAUCGUUAAUCUUAUUCCUUCCACUGUGGAAGUUUAUAAUGACCACUCUAAGUAAAAUCAUUGAGAAUGAUCGAAUGCAAAAUAUACUCUCAGAAUUUAGUAGAUUGGGAGAUCGAUGCUAUCUAGAAAAUGCGGGUGCAUCACUAUACCCUCAAAGUUUGCCACUAAGAGUGAAUCAAGACUUGAUAAAAAAUGUCUACAUGAACCCACACACAGAUAAGGACACAAAAGAUUGCAUUGAACAAAUAAGAUCCUCGAUUCUCAGACAUUUCAAUACAGAUUCUUCUAACUACUCUGUUAUUUUCACAUCCGGAACAACACAGGCAUUGAAGCUUGUUGUGGAGUCGUUUCAAUUUGCCUUCGACCAGAAUGAAGUAUUGAACUGUGGCUCGUUUGUCUAUUUGAGAGACAACCAUACAUCUGUGCUUGGUUUGAGAGAACUGGCCACUGAAAAGAAUGCUGAUAUCAUCCAUAUUUGCCAUGACGAUUUCCUUAAAGCAUUGAAUCCAACUGAAGUGACCCCAUCCAAUUCAAGGAAAGAGAGUUAUAAGAACGAUGGUAAUACAUUAUUGGUUUACCCAGCCCAAAGCAAUUUUAAUGGGUUCAAAUACCCCAUAAAUUGUAUUCAGAACAUCAAGGAUGGGUGUCUCAAUAGCUAUAUUAAGAAGCAUUUAUGCAAAGUAAACUGCAACUGGUAUGUUUUACUGGACGCAGCCUCGUACAUAUCAACAAAUAAGUUGGAUUUAUCUGUGAACCAGCCAGAUUUUGUUUGUUUGUCUUUUUACAAAAUAUUUGGAUACCCAACCGGUCUUGGAGCUUUGCUUGUGAAGAAUACAAGUAUAAAUGUUUUAAAUGAAAAGAAAUACUUUGGAGGCGGAACAGUCGAUAUUGUAUUGAGCAGUGAAGACUACCAUGUUAAGAAAAAGGUUCUUCAUGAAAGGUUUGAAGAUGGUACUUUACCAUUUUUAUCCAUCAUCGCACUAAAGCAUUGUUUUGAUACCCUCAACGAGUUGAUUCCCAGGGUAAUCAGUGAAGAUUUCAUGGACACAAUAUCUUACCAUACCUUUUACUUGGCUAAGGAUCUUUAUAAACAAUUGAACCAACUUGAACAUAGAAAUGGAAACAAAGCAGCAAUAUUUUACAUGGAUUCAGACUUUACAGAUAUAAAGAAACAAGGUGGUAUAGUCACAUUUAGUCUUAUGAGGGAAGAUGGAUCACAUAUUGGUUAUUCAGAGUUCCAACACAUGGCAGAUUUAUUCAACAUAAGUGUCCGAACUGGAUGCUUUUGCAAUUCAGGCUCUUGUCAAAGACACCUGAAUGCAACCAAUAAGGAAAUGAAGGAUAUGUACAAAGCAGGCCAUAAAUGUGGAGAUGAAAUAGACUUGGUAAAUGGCAGACCCACUGGGGCCAUACGAGUCUCUUUUGGAUACUACAAUACAUUCAAAGAUGUAGACAAACUUAUUCUGAUGAUAUGCAGAUGUUUCGUAAAAACAAAACUAAAAAAGCCAAGCCGCACGAUGAAACAUUACAAAAUAGUUGAAUCAAAACAGAAAAAAUGUAAUGAAGAGUCAAUGAGGCUGUUAUCUGAUGAUUACUAUAAAAAAAUUGCUAUCAUUCAAGAACCAUCUCCGUUUGAAUCUGAAAUUUCUUUGAAAGAAAUAGCGAUAUUCCCUAUCAAGUCCUGUGGUGCUUUUAAAGUUAACUCGUCAUGGAAAAUUGGACCUAAAGGGUUCGAAUACGACAGAGAGUGGAUGAUUGUCAAAGACAAUGGAGUUUGCUUGACACAAAAACAAAACACUCGCAUGUGCCUGAUAAGACCCACGAUCGAUUUGCAUAACAGGUGGUUGAUAUUAGAAUGCAAAGGUAUGCCUACAAUAUCAGUCUCACUGGACCAAACUGCAAAUAAGCAGAAAAACGCCAUGUUCUGCCAAAGCAAAGUAUGCACUGAUAUUGUAUGCGGCUAUGACUGCGGUGACGAGGUGGCGGAUUGGAUAUCCAACGCUUUAGAAGUGUCAUUUCUAAGACUUAUUAGACAAUCAAAUGAUGAUGUGCGAGUACAGAAGAAGAAAGGUGAGGGAGACAAGAAUUUGCUGUCUCUGAGCAAUCAAGCCCAAUAUCUCCUUAUAAAUAAAGCCACAGUCAGAUGGCUUAGCGACAAGAUCCAAGAUCCAUCGUUCCAAGAUAGUGUGGAGGAGCUAACGGAUCGUUUUAGAGGGAACAUUGUCAUUGAUACUGACCAAGAACUAGCUGAAAGGGACUGGCAUAGAGUUAUUAUUGGAAAGCAUGAAUUCAAGGUGGAUGGACAGUGCUCUAGAUGCCAAAUGGUGUGUAUCGACCAGAAAACUGGAGAAAAAACCGUCGAGCCUCUCAGAACGAUAUCUGAGCAAUUUGGAGGGAAAUUACGUUUCGGGAUAUACCUGAGCUACAUUGGUCCUGUAGAUGGCUCAAGAGACCGAUUAUUGAAACUGAACUCCCCAGUUAAGCCAAUCAUCAAUGAUGACGAUAUUAGCAGGUGAAGUGAAGAAUAGUAGAAUAGACUUCUAAAUACUCUAUUAUGAGUCAUAGAAGUAUUUAGUAGCGACACAGUAAUUGGUCCUAUUGAGAAUCUCAAUUUGGAACAGUAACACACAGUAUUAUUGUAUUAGAAUCUAAAAAAACAAUUACCUACUUCAAAGCGUCAAACGUUCAAAUACUAGACUCAUGAAUGUUUACCGCUCAUGAACUAUUUAUUCUUCCACAUUAUUUGAGCUGCAAAAGUAAACAAGGCUUACUAAACGACGUCUUAGCGUAUAGUAAUUUAACGCAAUGAGAGCUAACGUUUUAGCGCUAUGUAUAACAUUGGGCGAUUAAAGAAAACAAAUCAGUAGGCCUAAGAUGCCCACCGUGAUAACUUUUAUCGACGUCAAUUUGUAUGGGAAAAAUCGAUAAAAUGGCGUGAUAACCGCCUAUCACGGCGCGCAUCUUAGGCCUACAUGUUGUGCUUUGUGAAGAUUCCACAAAUCAAUUUAAUAUUAGAGCUAAUUAGCUGCCAAGUGCCAAUACGAUCCGUCCAUAUUUCGCGUGACAAUGAGGAUCAGUACUGUUGUAGAAAAUUCAAUAAAACUAGUAUCUACGUUAAUCUUUAAGACAUAAGAAAGAUAUAUCUUUUUGAAUUAUCCAAAUCGGACCAUUACUUACGAAGAUAUUAAGUAAUAAACAUAGGCCGUUUUUGCCGCUAAAAGUCAACGUACGCAAGGCCGCGUGACGUCAUUAUAUCCGAAUCGAGCGCAGCCGGCGUACUAAUGGGAUGGAAAAUAUUUUUUUCCGGCUAAACUUAUCAGUUUUAGAAAAAAACUUUUAAUAACAUUUAUUCUUCAAAAUAAAGUAACCUAUCGACCAGUAAUUUUUAAAAAUAAAAAUUGUGAAAAAUAAGUAUUGCUAUGUCCAAAAACCACAUUUUCAUAGGAUUCGAUGCAAUGCGGAGACGCGGUUGGGGUGAGUGUAACUUAAUGAUUGUUUGUAUUGAACAUAAUAAUACUUAAUAUGAUGCUAAUACCCAGUUUCUGGCCUGGGGGGGGGGGAUAAGUCAUACCCAGCUUAUAGCCUGGGGGGAGGGGCAAGCCUUACCCAGCUUCUGGCCUUGG